UAGACGAAGAAGACGCUCAGCCUGACUUCAGGAGAAAGUACUGACAGAUAAUGUACCAACUUUUGUAAAUAUAUAAAAAAAAUACGCGUUGUGUAACGCAGCGAUUUUAUUUCAGAAGGCUGUGUGUUGUUUACGUUUAAAUCAUACCGCUGGAGGGUGAAUUAAAGUCGCCAUUUUGCCGGUUUUCUCCUCGGGUUAGCAUUGUGGCUAACAGGUGAAGCUAGCUGUACGGGAGUUGGGACCACGCUUCCCUGCAGCUGACUACCCACACCGGUCCGGCGUGGUUUAAUGUUGACGUGACCGGUGUAAUUUAAUGUCAGUGUAGUUUAGUCCUGCUGCCCUCUUCCUGUCGCCGGGGACUUCAUGUUUAACCACCUCUCCGCAGCUCUCACAUUGCUCCCCCGCUGCUUACUCACCGCCUCAGCAAGGACUCUGACCGGAGCCUGCCGCCUCCUCGGCAGGAUGGAGCCGGCUGUGGUGAGGUGUCUCCCCGGGGAGCCCAAACUCACCAUCUCCUUCUGUCUGGACGGCGUCAACAAACAAAUGCUGAGGGACCAGGACGAGGCGCUGGGCAAAGUCCUGGCCCGGAUCUCCAACGGCAUCGCCAAGAGCCAAGGGAAGGCGAAGAAGUCGAAGAAGAAGAAGGGACAGCAGCCGUGCGAGACCCCGGAGCCCACCGUGGUGAGGCUGUGCUAUGAUGGGGAAGAGGUGCUGGACACAGUGCUGAACUCGGAGGCGUGGCAGGACGGAGCCGUGCUGCACGUGGGAGAUGUCAAAUACUCGGUGCAGAGGAACGCUCCCACUUUCACCAGUGCUCAGCUCCCAGUGUCUCUGCUGGCAGGGUUCCCAGUCUGUCCCAGUCUGGAGAUAGAGUUUGGGAACCUCCAGGACUGCGAGUACACGUGGUAUAAAGAAAGAACCCCAAACACAAGCUCUGAAGCUGCUGGAGAAGUUCCAGAUCAGGACAGCAGUUGGACAGAGGUAGGAUGUGGAAGAGUCCACGUCCCGUCCAAUCAGGACAUCGGCUGCAGGCUCAAACUGCGCUGUACACCCAAGGAUGGAGAACGCAGUGGUCUCGCCAAGGAGCUGGUCUCUGUGGGAACUGUGGAGGCAGGACCAGGCGUGUGCACGUUCGACAACCGACACGCGUACACAGUGAAAGAGGCGGAGUGGCCGGCUGUGAGGGUGGUGUCGUACAACAUCCUCGCUGAUAUCUACGCCCAGACAGAACUGUCCAAGACGGUGCUUUACCCAUACUGCCCCCAGUAUGCCCUGCAGCUGGACUACAGACAGAACCUGAUCAAGAAGGAGCUGGCCGGAUACAACGCUGACAUCAUCUGUCUGCAGGAGGUCGACAAAGGGGUGUUUGUGGACAGUCUGACUCCAGCUCUGGAUGCCUUCGGUCUGGAUGGUGUUUUCAGGAUCAAGGAGAAGCAGCAUGAAGGGCUGGCCACUUUCUACCGCAGGUCAAAGUUUCAGCUGCUGAGCUCCCAUGACAUCGUGCUGAGUGAGGCAUUGACCUCUGACCCCAUUCAUUCUACGCUGCUGGAGAGAGUUUCUGCUAACAGUGCCCUAAUGGACUUGAUAGUGAAGAGGUCCACCACACUGCAGGUCAGUGUGCUCGAGGACCUGAAUAAACCAGGCAGGAAGGUCUGUGUGGCCAACACUCACCUGUACUGGCACCCGAAAGGAGGGAACAUUCGCUUGGUCCACAUGGGCGUGGCUCUUCAACACCUGAGUCAUGUGAUCAGCAAAGUCGCACCUGGAGCCCCUCUGGUCUUUUGUGGGGACUUCAACUCCACCCCUAACUCAGGUGUGUUCCAGCUGCUCAGUGAGGCGGUGGUUCCUCUGCAGCAUGCAGACUGGAGCAGCUCAGGGCCGGAGGAGUCCUGCAGCAUGGAACUGCUCUCUGCCUUCCCCCCUCUGCUGAGCGCCUGCAGCCAGCCGGCUUACACAAACUACGUGGGAGGAUUUCACGGCUGUCUUGACUACAUCUUCAUACAGCCUGACAGCAUGCAGGUGGAGCAGGUGAUUCCUCUGCCCAGCCACCAGGAGGUCACCACCUAUGAGGCUCUGCCCAGUGUGGCUCAUCCCUCUGACCACAUCGCCCUGAUCUGUGAUGUGCGCUGGAACCUCUGACCUCAGUCCAAAAGACACUAAAGAACCAGGCUGUCAGUUUCUCCUUCAAGUACAUUUAAAUGUUAUAUUUCUUUAUACUUGAAUGAAAUCCGAGCAUGGAAACGUGUUCCUGCAGGUUUACUGGAUGUAUUUACUGAAAGACUGUUUUAAAUCACUAAAUUAAAUGCUGUGUGCAGUUCAUGUUGUAUUAUUUAAAGUACAAUAAUUAAUUUCAAUCACUGAUAUUCAGUGUUUGGGUUGUUACUGCAUUAUCCCACUGAGCAAUAGACGGAUAUUAGACGUCUAGUUAUUUUUUAGACCUAACUUCAACCGUCUAAAUUCCGUCUAUUUUUAGAUGGAAUUUAGACAUUGCACUUUAAUCCAGUAUUCGAUAACUAUUAAUUAAAAAAACAACUUUAAGGUGCAUAACUGAUCUCCAAAUACUUAACUAAAAUAAUAAUGAUAGCCGUUGAGCGAUAUACAGUGUAGUAUAGAUAUAGUCGAGAUUUAGACGUCUAAAAAAACUUUCAUUUCUAUACCCCUGAUAGACCAAUUUUAGACUAGACGUCUAAGGAACAUUUAGACGUAUAUUAGAUGUAUAAUAGACCUAAAAAUGCUCGGUGGGAUGCUUUUUAUUUUUCUUGAAAUAAUUAUUUGGUUGGGACAUAAAAUACAGAAAAGGAAGCUGCACUUCCGCGCCAUACUAGGUUGAUAAUUAUUGGUAAUCUGAGCUCAUGUUACCAACAGAAUAAACUCACUCACCCUCUAAAACAGCUGUUAGGACACUGGUGUCAAUACCCAGUGACAUGGGUAAUAAAGAAACAUUAAUAUUGUAAUAAAAGUGUUUAUUUUUACUUUUACAUCACAUUAAUUUUGGCCUAACAAGUUGCUCAGUGGUCCUUUUAGUUUUUUUUAAAUAAAGUUUGGGUCUACAGCACUGAAGUCCACGCAUUAAUUAGAUUUUUAACUCAUUCAUGUGCAUUCUGUUUUUUUUUUCCUUUUUUUUUUCAAGUAUAUUUAUUGACUUCUUUUUACAAACUGUAUCGAACAGCUCAGCACAACAUUGGUCUCCUCUUUAGAUAAGAAUUCAAAACAGCAAUACAAUCCAUAGGUGCAGUGUCUAUAAGUCAAUCAAGCAAAAUGUUUGCAAGUGUUGAAGCCACAGUAUUGUUUCAGAAACUGAGGUACGGAGUCCAUAUUUUAAUGAGUCGUCCCUUUGUGGAGUGAAUCAAACAGGUCGGGUAUUCAAGAGGAAAAUGCUCAAUGAUUAUCUUGUGCCAGUUUGUCACUUAUCCAUGACAAAAAUGUGUUUUCCUCACAGCAUAUGCAAGAAUAUCCUACAAUCUGCUCGACAAACCAACAGUAGCAUCUUGAUGCGGGUGACCCAGAAGUAAAGAGACAGGAUUCAUACACAAAGCAACACCCAUAUUUUCUGAUAUCGUGUAGAAUGUCUACCCAUAAUGCUUGAAUUUUAGGACAGAACCAGACACCAUGUGUAUGAGUUCCUACUGAGAUUUUACAUUUUAUUUUGCAAGUGGUGCAGGAUUUACGCAUUCUGUUUUCAAGUCUAAUAUAUUUCCAGUAACACGUAAAGGCAGCACAAGAGGAUGUGAUUUUGUCUAUGGAUGACGUGACUGAAAAGUAAGGUGCUUUCAUUUCUGGUGACUGUUUGGGUCAAUUUAUUCUCUUCUGGGACAAAAUAAUCACCUGGGACACAUCUCAUAACUCUAUAGAACUCCAUUCCCCUUAUAGAAGAAAAAACAGCUGUGAUGAUAGAAAUUACAAAAUUAAAAAAAUAUUAAAAAAUAUACUUUAUUAUAAUUUAUUAGAAAAUUAAUUGAAAAAUAAUUAUAAACAAAUAAAAAUUAUACAUAUUAAAGUAAGUCAAACGUUUUGACUAAAUGUAUCAAAAUUGUGAGAUAUUACCUCAAAACUUAUUUUUAUUUUUUAUUUGUUACCGGUACUUCCCACCCUACCCCUGGGGUAAAUCAACAUUUUGAAGUUUGCACUUCCAACAGCACUUAAAGGCAGCACGAGACCCGGGGAAUGUCUCCAUGGAUACCAACAAAUAUGUUAAAGUGGGUGGAGAACCGGAAGUAGGUAAUCAGCUGUCAAACCGCUGAUGUAUUUUUCAUUCAUAGCUUGUAACUGUAGCUCGUAGAAUGCGGUGAGUCCACCCUCUGUCGCCACGCUGUUUUUCUCUGAUAGGCCAGAAGUCGCGAAGAGGCGGGACCACAGUUUGUGGGACAUACCAUUAACGUCUUAUGAUAGGGGGCGCAGGUUAAAGUUUAAGUAAAAUAGACAGAAUGGGUUGAACAGUGGUGACGAUUUUUACUCGAGUAGAUAAUUAGGAUUUAAUAUAAGAUCCUACACGUUGUUUCUGUAGAAUGUGGGGAGAUCUGUGUUUUCGGGUGAGACUCAGGUGGAUUGCGACACCCCCGAGUCAGUGACAGCUGUGAGAGAAGGAGCGUCAAGUUCGCCAAAGUCUGCCAGGAUGACCGGAAACUGGGCGAUUUGGCCUUAAAGAUAAAAGCAUGAAUAUUUAACCUUCUCUACAUGGUACAGUCUUAAAUAUCUGUUCAAUUUAAAAAUGUAAAAACUUUAGAUAUGACAUAGAGAUUACAAUAAUAACACAAAAGAUGACAUUGUGCAGCAGAGGAGGUUGAUUUUAGAUUUACAAGGUUGUUUACUUUUAUUUUGUGUUUGGGUGAUUGUAAUUUAUUUUAACUGUAAUUAGAUUUUGCUUUAUUGCAUGGCAUAUUUGUGUUGCAUAUUUUAAUUUUCUAGUAGUAGGUAUCAGAUCCCCCUUUUUUAUUCAAGACACACUAAUAUAUAUUUAGCAGUGAUAACGUAAUUUGUUUUCUGAAGGAUGUUGAAAAAUGUGUGAAAACUAUGUUCUAAUUCGACUCACAAAAAGGCUAUAAAGUGCUAUAUAACUGUAUGUUUAUAAUAUUUUUGUAUUGUGUGAUUUACAUC